AUGUCGAGGUAUGAUCGUUUGUGUACCAACGUAUUUGAUAAUUUAAAAAAUUAUUGUAGAAAUGGUGAAUGUGUUGAUAUUUAUCAUUGCGGUUAUAUGUUUUCGGGUGUUCACGCGUUUUUCGAUCGCACGGAUAAUCGGCGAUAUGUAACUUUAAAGUUAAUACAUCAAAAUCAAGAACGGGGUUUACGACCGCGAUUAGCAAGCUAUGAAAUAAAACAAAAUUGUGAUUUUAGAUACCCACAUUUGGAAGUUCGUUUUAGAUUCCCGGGUUAUUAUCAGGGUUUAUGUGAUAUUCUCAAUGAAGAGUGUUACAAAAGUGUAGCACAAUUUCAUUCUGAUGCGGGCAAAUGUAGCGUUGAACAAACAUGCAGGGCAAUUUUUGAACGUAUGCAUGUAAUAAUUAGCGAAAGAUUAAUCAAAGAACAAAUGGAACUUUAUAUACACAAUUGGUAUCAUCCCGAUCAGUUUAUGCUUUUAGAAUUGGAUCAUAAGGGUCGAGCUGUACCUCAAAAAAUUUCAAAAAAGUAAAACGGUUUUUUAAUCAUUUUUUAUAGCACGGACGAGUAUGUAACGAUUCAGCAACCCUGUGAUACGGUGUUGGAAGAUGAACCUUUGAGCACCUAUAAGAUUAUACACAAAGAUGAUGAAUUUUUUGAUUUUUAUUUACGCGUUGCUAAGGAACAGGACAUACAACCGGCGGGCGGUCACUAUUUCCCCACUAUAAUCUCAAAUGGAAUUGUGAAAACGAUACCGAGUUUCUAUAUCUAUCUUAUAGCAGUGAAUUUGACAGAUGAUGGCAACCGGUAUAUGACUGUUGGUGUAUUGCAUUGGUUGUUGGGAAUUUAUGCUGAAGUUGAUAUCGAUUAUCGGAUAUACCCCCAACCGUUUGAGACGUAUAAGGGUAAAAGGGGGAAAGGACCGAUCUAUUUACCCUGUGUAACGUUUGGUCAUACGGAUUUUAGCGUGAAUUUUACGGUCGGUAGGGAUACUUUGACGGUGGCCGAGGCUAAAGAUUUUGUUUCCGGUAUUGUGGACACUUUAAUUACACAUCUAGCAAAACAACGGGGUUUGAAUAGAGUGUAUAGUGACGUGGUGCAAGAAUUAGAAUUGGAACAUGGCUUGUGUGUAUCAAACCGGUUGAUGCAAAUUAUGCUGUAUCACCAUCAUUUAGUUUGGUUGACACAGGAUUGGAUUUUAGAAAAUUGCGGUUGUGCAAGAAACGAUCAAAUUUGUUUUUGUUCAAUAUAUACACCUUUGGACAUAAUAAAGUGUCGCAAGUUAUAUUUUAAAGACGCUGGGUUGUUGGUCAGCAAUGAGGUGUACUUUGCCACCACGUGA